UUGCACUUUCUCCCUCUCCCUCUCGCUCUCUCUCUCUCUCUCUCUGCAAAUUCUCGUUUUUUAUUAUUUUCAUUUUAUUUUACUAAUUAUAUUAUUGAAGCUUCCAACAAUUUACUUCACUUGCCAAAAAAUUUGAACCUGCGAACACCCGAAUCCGAAAUGGCGGUGGAAACUGGCGGCGCCACCAUCAUAGUAGCCACCUCUCCAUUUAAGCCUAGAACCGAUAAUAGCCUGCGUGAUUUUGGUGAAGCUGAGAAAAUGCACAAGGUAUAUGAGAACCAAGCUAUUAAGAGGCAGAAGUUGGAAGGAGGCAAAGCUAGACAGAUUCUGUAUGUGGAACCUCAAAAUUUGCCUCGUAAGUUGCCAUUGGGUGUGACCAAUGGCAACACAAACAUAUCUUCAAGUAAUAGUAAAAUGCAGAUAAAUGCCGUGAAGGGAAGUGCUGCUCAGAAACAGAUGAAACCAAGGCCUAAAGAUCCUGGAUUCAAGACAGAUCAGGCUGUUGCCUCAGCAAGUGUAAGGAGUACUACUGAUCUUGAUCAAGAAAUGGUUCCUAGAAUGCCAAAAUUCAAGGCUCAACCACUGAAUAAGAAGGAGAAUCCAUGGAAACCUGUUCUUACAGAGCCUAAAACACCUACAUUUCAGACAUCACUACGUGCCCGGCCACAAAAGAUGAAAAGUUCAGUAGAAUUAGAGCUAGAAAAGCUUGCAAGAAAACCCAAAUUUAAGGCAAGGCCUCUAAAUAAGAAGAUCUUUGAAAGUAAAGGAGACAUUGGACUACACUAUCAUGCCAAGAAACAAGUCACUGUACCUCAAGAAUUUCACUUUGCAACAAAUGACAGGAUUCCACCACCUGCCAUGGCUGAUUUGUCUGAUUUGUUUUAUUUUAGGUCUGAAAGUACUUGUAAAAACAAACCAGUUACCAGAAACACAAUUCCAAAGCCAUUCCAUCUCCACACUGAGGAGAGAGGUGACCGGAAAGAGAAGAAACAUCAUAUGGAACUUCUGCAUAAGCCAUACCCUUAUACCAAUGACUAUCCUCAAGAAUCUCAAAAACUUGAAUCUAAGCAGUGCACUAAACCAGAACCAUUCCAAUUGGACUCCCUAGUUAGACAUGAGAUAGAACUGCAACAAGAAAUGGAGGAACAACUAAUGGUGAAGAGAGAAGAGGAUCCAUUCCCAGUUACAGAUAAAGUUCGUAAACCCCUUACCCAAGUUCAAGAGUUCAGUCUACAUUCGGAGAAUUGGGCUAUGUCUAAAGCCCAAUUUAAUGAGAAGAGAGAGGAAGAAAAGGCACUGAAUCAUCUGACAAGGUCAAUGGUUUCUCAUGUGAUGCCAACUCCAAAAUUUGACCAUCCUUUCUUUCCCAAUAACAAUAGGUCUGCUAAGGAUACAACAAAUCCCGAGUCGCCAAAUUUGCAUGUAGCCAAAAACAAGAUAUCAAAUGCCAUUGUAGUUUCAAGUCCUGCUGCCACCAUGAGAUGAUGGAGAGAGCAUCUAGUAGACGUGAAUUUGACAACAAUUUCAAAUUCUAGUGUCAUAUCAGUUUGUAAUAUAUCUUAAUUAAUGUUCCCAAAUACAAAAUACCAAUCAUUUUCUCAUUAAAAUAUUCAU